CGGUGGCGCCGAUGAGCCCCGAAGUCGGCGAUGCCCCGCGCCCAUCCCCGCGCUCCGCCUCCCCGCGGUGACGGCAGAGCCCGGCGUCGCUGACGGCAUCAGGCACAGCCCGGCGCGGUGUGGGCAGGCCGGGCCGGGAGCGGGGCAGGAGCCGGGCAGGGACGGGGCAGAGACGGGGCCAGGCCGGGCCAUGGCUCCCGCGACCGUGCAGCCGCCCGAGGUGCAGUUCGCCCAGCGCUUGGCCGCCAACGAGAAGCGCAUCCGAGACCGCGCCCUCAAGAAGCUGCGGGGCUACAUCGGCGUGCGGACCCAGCGGCCCGGCGGUGGCUUCAGUCAGGAAGAACUGCUGAAAAUAUGGAAGGGCCUUUUCUAUUGUAUGUGGAUGCAGGAUAAACCUCUGCUUCAGGAGGAACUUGCAGCCAAUAUCUCCCAGCUUAUCCACGUGUUUCAGAAUACAGAGACUCGACACCUGUUCAUCCAGACAUUUUGGCAGACGAUGAACCGGGAGUGGAACGGGAUUGACAAUCUGCGGCUGGACAAGUACUACAUGCUGAUGCGUCUGAUUUUGAGGCAAUCCUUUGAAGUGCUGAAAAGAAAUGAAUGGGAUGAGGGUCUAGUUGAACCAUUGCUGCAGCUAUUAAUGAAAGAAGUUAUGGACCCAGACAGCAAUUCUCCCACUGGGAUAAAGUUCCAUUUCAUUGAUAUCUAUCUGGAUGAAUUGGCUAAAGUUGGUGCAAAGGAGCUCACAGCAGACCAGAAUCUCAAGUUCAUUGAACCUUUCUGCAAAAUUGCUGCCAAAUCAAAGGAUCGGCGUGUGCUCCACGCUGUGGCCACCGGUGUCUUUGAGAUGAUCGUGGACCAGUCCCCCUUCGCCAUCGAGGACCUGAUGAAAGAGCUGGGUACCAACAGUGACGAGGAGAAUGUUUCUGAAGAAGGCAAACAGGAAGAUGAAGAGAUGCUUAAAACCAAAGGAGACAGAUCUCCGUCAAGAAUAUCAGCACAGAAUGCUGAAAACACAGAGGAUAUCAAUGAAAAUGCUGAUGAUGGGAUCGGGGCUGUUCUUCAGUUUGAUUACAAGGCUGUUGCUGACAAAAUCUUCGAAUUUGCAAGCAAGAAAAAUACACCUUCCGUGAACAGAAAGCGGCUGUACAAGCUGGUCAAAAAGUUCCAGGACUUAGCAGAAGGAAUCUUCCCCCAAGACAUUCCUGAAGAAGUUUCUACAGAUGAAGAUGAUGAUGAUGAAUCUGGCAGGCGAAAGAGAAAGAAAAAAGCUGUCAAGCCUUGGCAGCAAAAAGAGCUGGAAAAAGUAGAAGAGGAUAAAGAAGACCUGUCAAGUGGGAAGGUGCCAUCAGUUCCCCAGAGGAAGAGGAAAAAAAGGAAGAAGAGGGACAGCACAAGUGCUGAUUCUGGAACAGCUGAUGGAAAUUGUGAGGAGGGAAAAGCUGAAACAUCUGGAUCCAAUGCUUCUAGCCAGGAAAAGGUGCCAGAAAAUAAAAAGGAGAGGAAGAGAAAAAAAUUGCUAGUAAAUGAGGCCAGUGAGACCACAGAUGUAGCAACUGAUACCAGAGAAAAUCACAAUAUCUGUGUGCAGAACAGCCUGACUGACACAGAACAGAGUAAAAAGAGUCAGCUGAAGAAAAUGAAUCCAAAAGUGCAGAAUGUUCCUGCAAAACCAGCGUGUCAGAAUGGACCAGCCGCUGCCAGUGCAGCAGAGGAUGUCAGCCCUUCUGUCACUCUGUUACCUCCUAAGGCUGUGAAAAAGAAGCAGAAAGCAGGGGCUGUGCUGGUGAAUGGGGAUCCCCCUGUGCAGCAAACUGACCUGAAACCUAGCAAGGAGGGCUUGCUGGGGACCCUGCCAAGAAAGGCAGGGGCUGAAUCUGCACCCUCCAGAAAGGUCACACUGAAGACAAAGACGAAGUUAGUUGGUUUGGAAGGGAUGAAAGUCUCCAGUCAAAAUGCAGCAACUCUGAAAAAGAAGAGAAAAGUGAAAGAGGUGCUAAACUCUGUCGAAGCCAAUGGAGUUCUGGAGACUGUAUGCAAGAAAAACAGGAAGGUGGAAAGCACUGCUGCUCUGUCACCGUUAAAGAAAAAGAAAGCGAAACCAGGAAGUGAUUUUGUAAAAUUUGAAAAAUCAACUGUACCAAAGGCAGUGUUCUUCAGGAAAGCCAGAAGCACCAUCUCUUCCCCCAGGACACCCAUGCAGCUGAACAAACUGCAGACACCUGGCUCCAAAAGAGUCACGUUUGGCUUGAAUAAAAACAUGACUGCAGAAUUCAAAAAGACUGACAAAAGUAUAUUGGUGAGCCCAGAAGGACCCUCCCGUGUGGCUUUCAAUCCUGAACAGAAACCUCGUCAUGGGGUGCUGAAGUCACCCACAGUGACCCCAGCAAAAGAACCCCAAAUGAAGAGACCAUUUACUAUGUCAGCUAAGAAGAGACCAGCUGCUGUGGACUUCUUUUAA